AAGAAGGGGAAAACAGAGAGAACACCUUGCUGUCAAUGGCCGCCUCCGCUUCCAACGACGUUAGGGUUUAACUCGAACUCCUCCUCGAUCUCCCUCCCCGCCAUAUCCUCAAUCCUAUACUGUAAUACCUGGUAGCCUCAUGGGGUACCUGCAGGAGGCCAGGGAGAAUCACGUCAAGAAGAAGGUCGAGGAAGCUUUGCGUAGCAAAAUGAAACAGAAGGCCCUUAAGGAAUGUGAUAUACUCUGUUCAAAAUAUGCCGAAUGUGCUCGAGGCCGAACUUUCUCUGUGGUUUGGCAAUGCCGCAAAGAAGCCAAAGAAUUGAAUAACUGUCUUCAUCAAUUCACGAAUGAUGCAAUACUGGAAGACAUGAAGAAGGCUUACAUGGAGCAAGAGAGCAAAGAGAAGAAACAAUAAGCGUUAUGCGAUGUACAAUUUGGAAGGCAAGGUUCCCCUAUCUGUAGGUGCACUGCUGCCUUUGAAAUUAGGCAAUUGCUUACUCAUUAUCUUUGUUGAUCGAUGCUGAAUUCCUGGAGACUUUUUUUGCAAACAUUUGGGUUUGUCCAGAUGCAUAACCUGGUAUAAGCUAAAGCCAUCCAAUGUAGUAUUUGUGUCUCUGACUUACAAGAAACUAUGCCUUAUAGCAGUCUCUUGCCUCCAAUACUGGUUUAGCUGUGCAU